AGAGCAACCCUAGUCAGCUGUUACUGUUGGUUUUCGAUUGAAAUUUUGCACAGCAAAAUUAAAGAUUUAAACAAUUAGACAGUAGGUCAAUUGAAAUUACUGCAAUAAACACAAUUGUCUUACGUACGAUCAACAUGUCGAUGCUGGCUAAAAAACUGGGACGGACAUUGGUGCAGGCAGCAGCGGUGCGCAGACUGCAUGUUUCGGCGGCUGUCGGAGCUCAGGAAGCUGCCCACAGCGGAAAUAGAACAUCCUGCACUCUAAUUCCCGGCGAUGGUGUCGGUCCCGAGUUGGUUUAUUCCUUGCAGGAGGUCUUCAAGGCAGCAAGUGUGCCUGUCGACUUUGAAGCUUACUUCCUGUCCGAAAUCAAUCCCGUGCUGAGCGCCAAACUUGAGGAUGUAGUGGCUUCCAUUCAAAAGAACAAAGUUUGCAUUAAGGGCAUCUUGGCCACGCCCGAUUACAGCAAUGAGGGCGAACUGCAAACGCUCAACAUGAAACUGCGCACAGAUCUGGAUUUGUAUGCCAACGUUGUGCAUGUGCGCUCCUUGCCUGGUGUGAAAACCCGUCACUCCAACAUCGAUACGGUCAUCAUUCGCGAACAGACCGAGGGUGAAUACUCAGCGUUGGAGCAUGAGUCUGUGCCCGGCAUUGUGGAGUGCCUGAAAAUCGUCACUGCCAAGAAAUCGAUGCGUAUUGCCAAGUUUGCGUUCGAUUAUGCCACCAAGAACAACCGCAAGAAGGUCACAGCGGUGCACAAGGCCAACAUCAUGAAGCUGGGCGAUGGUCUGUUCCUGAAGUGUUGCGAGGAGGUCUCCAAAUUGUAUCCCCGCAUUGAAUUCGAUAAAAUGAUUGUCGACAACACGACCAUGCAAAUGGUGUCCAAUCCCAAUCAAUUUGAUGUCCUGGUCACCCCUAAUCUGUAUGGUGCCAUUGUCGACAACUUGGCAUCCGGUUUAGUUGGCGGCGCCGGCGUCGUUGCUGGUGCUUCUUACUCAGCGGAGACUGUGGUGUUCGAACCGGGAGCACGUCACACCUUCGCCCAGGCUGUGGGCAAGAAUCUUGCCAACCCAACGGCAAUGUUGUUGUGCGGCACAAAGAUGUUGCGUCACAUCAAUUUGCCCACGUACAGUGAAGUCAUUCAAAAUGCCAUCAACCAGGUGCUCAAGGACGGCAAGGUGCGCACCAAGGAUUUGGGUGGCCAAUCCACUACGGCGGACUUUACGCGCGCUGUCAUUGCCAAUCUGCACUAGGCCAAAAGGCAGUAAUAGCCACAAUAAUAGCAGACCAAAUUGAAGGAUCCCGCAAUCUAAUAGAGCUAUUGUCUAAAAAUUGAAUUGUCAUAUAGGUUUUAAAUUUUUAGUUCGCUUUCACUCAGUAUGUUUGUCUCCCAAAUUUAAUUGCAUUCUUUGAGUAUUAUUUCUGGCGAAUAUUUAAGUUUAGUCCAAUUACCUCGCCCCCCUGCCUCCCCAAAAACUAUUCAUAGUUUAUUAAAUUGACCGUAUCCUUUAUUAUUAUUUUGUGAUUAUAUAUGUAUUAUAAUUUUUGGCAAAUCUCGAAUUGUAUUCGAAUUUAGCCGUCAACUUAAUGGUUUACAAAACAAAAGCUAAACAAAAUGCAAAAUCAUAUAUUCAUUUAAUUUAAAACUCAAAGUGUACCGAAAACUAUUUAUGUCAACCAAAAUGGCGAGUAAAAACUACAAAUAAAUUAAAAGCUAGCAGCCAAGACAAAAGUGCUGGCUAUUUAAAUAGAUGAAAUAAAA